AUGAGCGAGAUUGAGGUUGACGUGGCCGAAAAUCAUGUCAAGGAUAUGAAAGAGGAGGCUGAAAAGGCCAAGAAACUGUUGAAAGAAAUGGAGGCAGGCUUGAAUGAAGAUUUAGAUUUUGGAGAGGAAAGCUUUGAACAGCCUGCUGAGAUUGCGGGGACUGGAUUUAGCCUGACAGAUACACUGUUGGGUGGAAAAGGUCUGUUUGACAAGAAUUCCGAUGACCCAGACGGAGAGACGUCGGAACCUGGCAAGAUACCUGUGAUACCGGAAAAGGCUGAGAAGGAGAGCAAGGAAAAGGCCGAGAAGGAGAGCAAGGAAAAGGCCGAGAAGAAAUCAGAAAAGAAAGGAAAACGCAGCAAAAGCAAGGGCGUCGCAGCUGAGGAGGAGGAACCAGUUGUGGAGGAAUCCAAGAAAAAGAAAGACAAAGUAAGACGCAGCAAAAGUAAAGAUGGCAUUGAGGAAGAACUAGCGGCGGAUGAAGGAAAGAAGAAGAAAGACAAAGCAAAACGCAACAAGAGCAAGGAUGGCACUGAGGAAGGAGAACCAGUGGUGGAGGAAUCCAAGAAAAAGAAGAAGAGCAAGAGCAAGGAUGGCGCCGAGGAGGAGGAACCAGAGAAGGAAGAAUCCAAGAAAAAGAAGAAGAAAAGCAAGAGCAGUGUUGCAGCUGAGGAGGAGGAGAGCCAGCCGCGGAAGAGGGCAAGAAAAAGAAGAAAAAGAGCAAAACGCAAAAUUCGCUGAGGAGCAGGCGCCGGAGGCAAAAGCAGAAGAGGAGAGCAAAAAAAAGAAAAAAUCUCCCAAGCGAAGCAAGUCCGGCAAGGAGAAUCUGGAAUAGACUGGGCAUUGCGCCGUCAGUGGAAGUGGAACAGAGAACUCAAACCAACCAAAUGUACCAAACCAAAUUUGAUAUUCAUAAGAUGUUUCAUAGUGAAUUGUACGGGGGCUCGUUCACUCCAGUACAAGUUGAUACGUACUAGCUAGCUUUUGUUAAGCAUCCAGCAAGUGCAACGGGCAAAAUUGUAGCUUGCGUCGCCUUGGGUAGAGCAUGGGUUGUGCAUUCUUCCUACAAA